UGCAAACUUCGUAGAAGAAGAAAUUACGGAAGUAGGGCUUCUAAACAGAUUUCCUUUUGGGAGAGUAAAACAAAGUAGAUCGUUUCUUGCCAUUAAAACGAGCUCAGACUUGGACUAACCAUUACUCUUUAAGACAAUGGGCACCAGAGAUGACGAAUAUGAUUAUUUGUUCAAAGUGGUCCUUAUAGGUGACUCAGGUGUGGGAAAGAGUAACCUUCUAUCACGUUUCACUCGCAAUGAGUUCAACCUGGAGAGUAAGAGCACCAUAGGAGUUGAAUUCGCCACACGCAGCAUUCAGGUGGAUGGCAAAACGGUGAAGGCCCAGAUCUGGGAUACAGCUGGCCAGGAGCGCUACCGUGCCAUCACUUCAGCGUACUACCGCGGUGCCGUGGGCGCUCUCCUGGUCUAUGACAUUGCCAAGCAUCUAACAUACGAGAAUGUGGAGCGCUGGCUGAAGGAGCUGAGAGAUCAUGCUGACAGCAACAUCGUUAUCAUGCUCGUGGGCAACAAGAGUGACCUGCGUCACCUCCGAGCUGUUCCUACUGAUGAGGCCCGGGCUUUUGCUGAGAAAAACGGUUUAUCUUUUCUGGAGACAUCGGCUCUGGAUUCCACCAAUGUUGAGACUGCCUUCCAGACCAUUCUCACAGAGAUCUACCGCAUUGUGUCCCAAAAGCAGAUGUCGGAGCGCCAGGAGAGUGACAUGUCUCCCAGCAACAACGUGGUCAACAUCCAAGUGCAGCCCACUGAAAACAAACCAAAGAUGCAGUGCUGCCAGAACAUCUAGCUGUGCCCAACCUUGCCUCCAAAACCCCAAGCCCUCCAGUUUCUCCCUUUCCCCUUUGUUUCAUUCUCCAUAGCUCCUUUAGGGCUCCGGGGGCUGUGACCUGAACUCCGCCACUACUUUUAACCGCCCCCCCCCCCCCCCCCAAGUUAAUGUCUCUGUAUAAAAAGUCACUGUCUGGGUCUGAGCGUCUGUCUCUAGGCUUGUAAGGACAGAAGGCAGCAGGCGUUUCAUAUCACUUUAGAUUUCAUUCCAAUUGUUGCGCUGACGUGUCACAAAAAGUCUUAUGAAUGUGAUUUAUUUUCCUCUUCUUAUAUCUUUAUACUUUGUGCCCCUAUUGAUUCUUCCACAUUUUUAUGAUCUUUCUCUGUAUUGUAUCAAAUAUUAACUAUGAGUAUAUAUGAAUAUAAAGCACAUGGAAGUUGCUCUGAACUUUAGUCCUUUAAAUGAGCUCCUGUUAUUAUAGACUUGCCUCUUUGCCACUUAGUGCAAUGUACUGUUUAGGAAACCACAAGCAGGAGUGACCUUUGAUCCCAUUGCUGUGAACAUGAUGCUAGUGAAAUGUAGAGCCGUCAGUCCUGGUUAUACUGUGGAGAGGACGGAGGGAGCCAGCUAGCCUCUAGCGUGCACUGUUACAAUCUCAUUUACAAAAGAAGGCAGGUUGGUGGUAGCUUCGCUUGUUUUUCAAAAAGAUGGCCAUAUGCUGUGCUGCAUGUUUUAUUAGGUAAGAGAGUCUCUGGGCUUUGCUAUGGAAAACUGCUAUCACCUUGAAGGUGCACCACCUUGAAAGGUCAACCUGUUCAUUUAUCGCCUGUCGUCACAGUGGCAGUCAUGCUUGUGAGGUGGGGAAUUUCUGCUCCAAAUUGAAGAACAGGGCUUACAUUGCGCACGUUUGACAUCUAUGCAGGAACUAGCAUGCGGCUGUUCAGAUAUGUUUUUCUUGGUGCACUAGUUGAAAGCAUUCAAAUCACACUGACUUACGACAGCCCUCUAUGGUUGUCAAUGUUAAAAUGUGCUUACACGUGAACACAAAGCUUAGACACACAGUUGGGCAACGCAGUUUGACUUGGUUGAUUUACAUUUUUUUCCCCCCCCUUGCACUGAGCUUAACUAGCUUUAGUAAACCCCUUCUAGUCUAGUUGUUAAACCUCUUCUGUCAGAUUGGACUUUUUUUUAAAUUUUUUUUUUUUUAAAGUGACACCACAUCUGAAUCUCAUUUCCUCAGUCAAAAGUAAUUUCAGUAAAAUAGUUUCAGAUAUAUUAAGUUCAUGAUGUUUAGCGAAAAGUAGGGGACUCAUCCACUUUCUAAGCUUUUUUUUUUUUUUCUCUUCCCCGCCCACUUCUGGUCACACUGCCUCCUUCACUGUUCACCUUUGCAUCCCCUUCCAGCACACACACACACACACACACACGUGGUCCAUCCCCCUCCAUGUUUUCCCAGUCACAUAAAGCCUACUUUAUACCAAGCUGCCUCUGACUUGAACACAAUGCAUGGCUUUUGGUGGGACUCCACGUUACCGCCUUAUGUUGCUGACAUCGAUGUCCAUCAAGUCUGCCCAGGGCAAGCUACAGUCCCCUCCAAAAGUAUUGGAGCGGCAAGGUCAUUUCCUUUGUUUUUGUUGUAUACUGAAAACAUUUGGGUUUCAGAUCAAAAGAUGAAUGAGACAAAAGUUCAGCAUUCCAGUUUGGUUUGCUUUUCUCUCAUAGACAGCGCUCUGGUCUUCAUAUUUGCUUAACACCAAAUGCAGUUUUCACAGGUGAAACCCAAAGCCAAAAACAAGCACUAAUCUAAAAGGCAACACCUGAGCAGCUAGAAACACCCAUCAGUCACAUACUUUUGCUCACUGGAAAAGUGGGUGGGUUCAAACAAAAGGUUAACUGUCCUGAGUUGUUUAACACAGCUAGAUGUAAAUACCAGGAAAUAAAAGCUGGAAUUCUGAACCUUUGUCUCAUAUUCAUCUUUUGAUCGGAAACCCAAAUGUCUUCAGUAUACAACAAAAACAAAGGAAUUGACCUUGCUGUUCCAAUACUUUUGGAGAGGACUGUAAGUGUGGUCCAAUACUCCAGAGUGUUCAUUCAGCUUCUAGUCGUAUCCUGCGUUGUGAUGGCGUUGGCAGACAUAUACACUACCUGAACUUGGUGUAUAUGUUGAGACAGAAGAGAGAGGUGGGUAGUUCUAGCAUGUGAGAGCCUGGCUGGCAGUACCAAUGGCGUUUCCUCGAACAGACGGCGCCGCCAACCAAGGUUCUCCACACUCAAUUUCUGGCAGUCUGAUGACGAGUCAAGGUGAUUUCUUUCAUCAAAAAAUGAUUCCGGAUCGUAUUCCAUAUUUUUGUGUUUUGAUUGAGUCUUUUUUUUGACAUUUUUGUUUUGAAAUUCAGUAACUGACUGUAAUUGAAGUGUAAGAGUGAAAUGAUGUCAUUUCAGUUAUGAAGGGUUAAAUGUGAGAUGGGGGUCAUAAUGAAUGGUCUUAUGUUUUGUACAGCUUGAAAUUGUACAAUUGUGUCUAUAUCUUAAGUUAUCAGUUCAUCUUAAUAAAGCGCACCAGUCAUAAACCUUUUA